AUGGCUGGUAAGGAAAUGGAGGAUCUUGAUCGCAUAAGGAAACUUCGAAGUCAGGCCAGGUCGUCCAUAACCCGAACGGUGAACGAUCUGAAGACGCUUUUGACUACGACCCCUCUUCCCAGAGAGCAACUGAAGCAAACCUUGACGGUUUUGGAAACGAAGUGGGCUACCUUGAAAGAAAAGGACCGGGAGGUUCAGGGUGUCAUACCGGAGGAAUUGAUAGAGAGCGAGUGUAAUUCCUGCGAUCAAUACCUCGAGUCAGUCACUGCGAUCAAGUUCCAAGUGUGUUCCGCACUAGACUCCACGACCGCAUCCCGAUCUUUGGCUCCCGCAAGUGACGGCGUUAAUGCUACGGGACCUCGACGAUCCUCCUCUGGAGAUCGGAGUCGCUCUACCGGAGUCACUCUACCGAAGCUGCGGAUCGACACCUUUAGCGGCGACCUAUCUAAAUGGCAGGGGUUCUGGGACCAGUUCCGUGCGAGUAUUCAUGAAAACGAACGUCUCACUGAUGUCAACAAGCUGAAGUACCUGGUUUCUCUCGUUUCUGGGCCAGCAGCCCGUGCCAUUGAAGGUCUCUCAAUUAGCGAUGAGAACUACACGACUGCCGUGGACAUACUUCAGAAGCGAUUUGGGAAGGACGACCUUCUUGUGACCGAAAACAUGGGGCGCCUUUUCGAGCUCAGGACUGUUCGGUCCAGCACCGACGUAAAGGGGUUGCGUGAGCUCCACGAGACUGUUACAGUGCGCAUCAGGAACCUGGAGAGCCUAAAUGUUACGACAGCACAAUACGCAAUUCCGCUUCGGCAGGUCAUCUUGAAGAAGAUUCCUAGAGACCUCGAAAUGGACUUCUACCGAACCAAGGACAAAGGCAAGGACACCAACGGCGACUCUUUAUCAUCCCUACUAGAUUUCCUGGAGAAUGAGAUUGAAUGUCGGGAACGAGCCCGAAGGGAGGCAGAUGACGUUCCCAAGCGUAGGGAGCCGACCCCAGCCUCUGCAUCUUCGCUGACAGCAACCGCGUCGUCUGUCUCAGAUCCAGCAUCUGCAAUGGCUGCCCCAAGCACUCCUACGUGUGUGCUUUGCAAGUCCGGACAGCAUCGAUUGGAGGGAUGCACUGCUGGUUUGAGCCCUGAGGAAGUACGACUGAUCCUGCGCCUGGAGGGCAGGUGUUUCCUUUGCGGACGACGGUCGCACAUAUCGAAGGAUUGCAGGGUAAGGCGGGUCUUGCAGUGUGAUCGCUGCCAUAGACGUCAUCUUACUCAGCUGUGCCCCGGAGUCAACUCGUCCAGCACUGAGCAGUCCCCGCAGUCGUCUCAGUCUACAGCACAAGAGCCGUCGACGGUGCAUGCGUCUACGGGAACUGUUGUGACAUCUCUUUCGUCAUCCUCUGCCGUUUUGCCAGGCGCGGCGGUCCUUCUGCAAACAGCCAAGGUGUGGAUUGAAGGAACUGAUGGCCGGAGAAGUCUCGCACGCAUACUUCUGGAUGGCGGCAGCCAACGCAGUUUUAUUCGACAGGAUGUGUCGACGAAGCUCGGAUGUACACUGCUUCGAUCCGAAGAUUUGCAUGUUGGGGCCCUUGGAAACACUGCGUCAAGCUGCACGAAGUAUCGAUGCGUGCGGGUUCUCUUGCGCAGCCAAUUUUCGGCGUCAUGUAUGGCAAUCGAGGCGGUUGAAUACCCCGACAUCUGCUCCGAUGGAUUGCCUGUUCUCGAUUCGCAUUCAGCGCAACACGUCAAGAAUAUGGGUCUACAGCUUGCUGACGAGCCCUCAUCUCCCACCGAUAUUUCAUUAUUGAUUGGAGCGGACUUUUAUUGGGGAGUUGUGACUGGAGCAACCGCCCGUUUAUCAGAUUACCUGGUGGCUGUUGAAACUCUGUUUGGGUGGACGAUUCAAGGCUCAGGCAGAAAUGCCAGCGGUGGUCACUGUCGCAUCCCGUCGGUUCAUGUUCUCCAUGUUGAGGUGCACCAGGAAGAUACCAACGUCAUCGACCAGCAACUCUCCGCCUUUUGGGAGUUAGAGCAUUUGGGCAUAACUGAUCGCCACCAGUCCGACUCCGACGGUGACACUGUCCUGCGCAAGUUCCGGUCCACAGCGCAGUUGUUAAACGGUCGUUACACCGUGCCCUUGCCUUGGAAGUCGGAGGCGCCUGAAGCAUUGGGUGACAACAAGAAGCUGGCUGUCCAGAGGCUGGAUAGUACCAUCAAAAGAUUACGGAGAGACCAAACGUUGCUGGAAGAAUAUGAUUCCACCAUACGUCAGUAUUUGCGUCUUCAACACGCUGAACGGGUCCUACAACCGGAGUUGGUGGCCGGGCCUCUGUAUUAUAUGCCGCACCACGCAGUCAUCCGAAGGGACCGCGAGACAACAAAGGUUCGAAUUGUGUUUGAUGCCUCGUCGAAGGCUCACGGUUCUCUCUCUCUCAACGAAGCUCUUCACGCCGGCCCUAACCUUAACCCUGACGUUCUGCAAUUGCUGUUGCGGUUUCGAUCUUAUCAUGUGGCUCUCACAGCGGAUAUAGAGAAGGCGUUUUUACAGAUCGUGCUGGACAGUGCUAACCGAGAUUGUUUGCGUUUUCUGUGGUAUGCCACGACGCCACGAGCAGGCGAACCGUUGCCCCCAGUAGAAAUCUGGCGCAUGACACGAGUGCCUUUUGGAGCCAAGUCCAGUCCCUUUCUUCUCGCUGCCACUAUACGUCACCACCUGAGAGCAGCAGAAGAGACAUACCCACGCACGGCGUCCUUACUUUCCAGCCAUUUCUAUGUGGACGACCUCGUUGUUGGUAUGCCAUCGCCGGAAGAGGCACUUACUGUUUACCACGAGUCGCGGCAAAUCUUCCGCGACGCGGGCAUGAAACUGGUUAAGUGGACGAGCAAUGAUGCUCAUCUCCGGGCUACCUUUGACGCCGAUGGGACAGGAAGUUCGACCACGUCGCCACUAAGGAAGGUCCUAGGAAUCGUUUGGGAUAUCGAGACAGAUGAAAUUCGGUAUCCGUUGAAGUCAAUGUCGGAGUUCCUGGAGCAACGGUCGAAUACCAAACGGUAUGUACUGCAAGCAGUGGCUCGCAUUUAUGAUCCCUUGGGCGAUGUGGCGCCUUUCGUGUUGACAGCCAAGAUUUUGCUACAACGGAUUUGGCUCUCCAAGAUGAGUUGGGACGAAGAACUACCAGAUCUGACCUGA